AAAAGAAAGAAGAAAAUGGUUAUUAAACCUCCGCGAGUUUCUCUUUGCACGAAUUAUACUUAUUUGGGAUCUCCUCACCACUCCAACCCCCAGAAUUUCGGCUGCCAAUUAAUAAACUGCCGUGCCUCCCUCCGAUGGCGGACGGAGGAGGAGGAGGAGGAGGAGAUGAGCCUGAGGAGCUCAGCGACAAGCAGAAGGCAGAGAUCGCCAAAUGGUUCCUCGCCAAUGCCCCCACCGGGGAGAUCCAAUACGUCGCCAAGGACGUGCGAUCCAUUCUCGGGGACGACAAAAUCUACGAGAUGGCCGCGGCGGAGGCCUUCCCCCUCCACAACAAGGCGCACUUGCUCGCCCUCGAGAUGCCUGAUCGAAGCGGUGACGACUGCUCAAGUUGCUACAGUGGAUCAUGUGAAACAAGUUUGUACAAAUGUACGACCCGCCAAUGAUGAUGAGCUCCCAUCUCCAUAUAUUGAAGAUUUCCGGAGUACCCUUGAUGCUGAACUCAGCAAAUAUGUUGGUGAAACUUAUCCAAAGGGAGUGUGUGCAGUUUACUGUGUUAGUGGAAAAGAUGCAGAAGGACCAGGAGCUGAUUUUGAGUUUGUAGUGGUGAUUUCUGCUGUGAAGCAUAGCCCACAAAAUUUCUGCAAUGGGAUCUGGCAGUCAAUUUGGAAUAUAGAAUUCAAGGAUGAUCUGCAAUUUGUGGAAAUAAAAGGAAAGAUACAGGUAGGAGCCCAUUACUUUGAAGAAGGAAAUGUCCAGUUGGAUGCUAAACUUGAAUGCAAGGACUCCACCAUCUUCCAGUCUCCUGAAGAUAGUGCUGUCUCAAUAACCAACAUUGUUCGGCACCAUGAGACUGAAUAUCUGGCAUCCCUUGAGGCAUCAUAUGUGAAUUUACCUGACACCACUUUCAAGGAUCUUAGAAGGAAACUUCCAGUUACUCGUACGUUAUUCCCAUGGCAGAAUACUAUGCAAUUCAGCCUUACUAGAGAUAUAACAAAAGAAAUGGGGAUUGGAAAGUGAAGGUGCACACAGUGAUGAGAUGGCAACCUUUUAUUUCCAUUCAAACUCCAGAGUUCAUUAUAUUGAAGUUCUGAUUUUUUUUUCUUAUUUUAUUUCUCCAGAUACAAUAGUUGUAAAGAGAGACUUGCUUUUGUCACAGCUUGGCAUAUGUCCAUCCGUGUUUCACAAAUAUGUACAACUUUCUGUAUUCUCCAUGUACUCCACUUGUAUAUUGCACAAUGUUUGGAAAGAAAUCAUGUCUUCUGCAA